AUGAGUGAUACUGUGAAACGUUCCAGAGAAGACGACAGUAAACCUGUCACUGAUGACAGUGCCGACGUCAAUGUCGUAGAAAACUUUAGUGAAUUAAACUUAUCGCAACCUACUUUGAAAGCCAUUGAAAAGAUGGGCUUCACCAAGAUGACUUCUGUUCAAGCUAGAACUAUCCCUCCCUUGAUGGCCGGUAGAGAUGUCCUAGGUGCUGCCAAGACUGGUUCUGGUAAGACUUUAGCAUUCUUGAUUCCUGCUAUUGAAAUGCUACAUUCAUUGAAAUUUAAACCAAGAAACGGUACUGGUGUCGUUGUCAUCACCCCAACAAGAGAACUGGCUUUGCAAAUUUUUGGUGUUGCUAGAGAAUUGAUGGAAUUCCAUUCUCAAACAUUCGGUAUCGUCAUUGGUGGUGCUAACAGAAGACAAGAAGCCGACAAGUUAGUUAAAGGCGUAAACUUGUUGAUUGCGACCCCUGGUAGACUACUGGAUCAUUUACAAAACACUCAAGGCUUUGUGUUUAAAAACUUAAAGGCUUUAAUCAUCGAUGAAGCUGAUAGAAUUCUGGAAAUCGGGUUUGAAGAUGAAAUGAAACAAAUUAUUAAAAUCUUACCUAAUGAAGAUAGACAAUCCAUGCUAUUCUCUGCUACACAAACAACCAAGGUCGAAGAUUUGGCAAGAAUCUCCUUAAGAAAGGGUCCUUUAUUCAUCAAUGUUGUCCCGGAAAAGGAUGCAUCAACAGUAGAAGGGUUAGAACAAGGUUAUGUUGUAUGCGAGAGUGACAAGAGAUUCUUGUUACUGUUCUCUUUCUUAAAGAGAAACCAAAAGAAGAAAAUUAUUGUCUUUUUAUCCUCAUGUAAUUCUGUGAAAUAUUACGCUGAAUUGUUGAACUAUAUCGAUCUACCCGUCCUAGAACUUCAUGGUAAACAAAAACAACAAAAGAGAACAAACACAUUUUUCGAAUUCUGUAACGCUGAAAGAGGGAUUCUUGUGUGUACCGAUGUUGCAGCCAGAGGUUUAGAUAUCCCAUCUGUCGAUUGGAUUGUUCAAUUCGACCCUCCUGAUGAUCCAAGAGAUUACAUUCAUAGAGUCGGUAGAACAGCAAGAGGUACAAAGGGUAAAGGUAAGUCUCUUAUGUUUUUAACCCCAAGUGAAUUGGGUUUCUUAAGAUAUUUGAAGGCGGCCAAGGUCCCAUUAAACGAAUACGAAUUCCCAAUGAAUAAGAUCGCUAACGUUCAAUCACAAUUAGAAAAGUUGAUUAAAUCCAAUUAUUAUUUACAUCAGACUGCUAAGGAUGGUUACAGAUCUUACUUACAAGCAUAUGCAUCACAUUCAUUAAAGACUGUAUAUCAAAUCGAUAAACUUGAUUUAGCAAAAGUGGCUAAAUCAUAUGGUUUCCCUGUCCCACCAAAGGUGAAUAUCACUAUUGGCGCUAGUGGUAAGACAAAUAAUAAAAAACGUAGAACAAAAUAG